UGGGAGUAGGGGUGUGCAGCAGGCUCGUCCCGCCCCCUCCUCUGAGUGACAGGAGCGUGGACAGCAACAUUUCCAGCCGGACACAUAGUUUGUUGGCCCUUGCGUUGGCUGAGCUGAGGUUAAGAAAAAGCAACCAAGAGUAUUAUUAUUGGUAUCUGGAGUUGAAUUUGCCAGGAAUGCGAGCACAGCUUCCUCAGUAAAGAUCUUGCCUUUGGAAACAUUUUACCCCUUGACAUCUCUCCAGAGUUAAGACUUGGCAGCCUCAAGGACACAACACAAGCAGGCAUUUUGGAGAUCAAAGAUGGGGAGAAAAGAUGCCUCCACUAUAAAACUUCCUGUUGAUCAGUACAGAAAGCAAAUUGGUAAACAGGAUUAUAAAAAAAACAAACCUAUUUUACGAGCAACCAAAUUAAAAGCAGAAGCAAAGAAAACAGCAAUAGGCAUAAAGGAAGUUGGCCUUCUACUUGCAGCUAUAUUGGCCCUCCUACUGGCUUUCUAUGCUUUCUUUUAUCUCAGACUGUCCACAGAUGUCGACCCUGAUCUGGAACCAGAUGAAGAUUAGUUGAGCAGCAAUCAAUGCAUGAAAAGGAUAUAAUUUUAUAAAAGCACCUCUAGGGACCAAUACUUUCUGAAGUACUGAGACAGCAAGAUCUUGAUUUUUUUCUGCUGGUAUUUUCAGUUUGUAGAAAUAUCUUUUAAAAUGUUGCAUAGGAUAUCAAGAAAAGAACCUUACCUAGUAAUGUAGUAUGUGUGCUACCAGAUACUUUUAUAAAUCUUUCUACUUUGACAGGCAACCUAUUCAUGGUACAUUUAGAUAAAGUGAAAAACAGAUCCUAAAUUCUUCAGAUGUCUUAGGCAAUUUAUGUGUAUAACUCCAUCACUUACAGAUUACUAAAUCUAUUUUUGUUCCAUAUACAUUCUAAGUAAAAGUAUAUAUCCUCAUUUACAGAAACAUUCUCUAGUCACAUUCAGAGCCUAAGAAGGAAUGAAAAGUCAUGGGAAAUUUUUCAUUUUACCGAGAAGCCCUGCUUUCUUUCCAGACGUAGUUUAUAUCAUUAGAGAGACAAUCUGCACAUACAUCUACAGUAAUCUUUUUCCUUCUUUGCCAACUGUUCAGUGCACAUGUGCUCCAUCAGAAAUGGCACCUGGAUGACAGAAGCUCAAAGAGUCACAUAUGUCUCUAAAAUAGAGUUGCUUUCCUCUUGGGCUGUCUGAACUGGUGUAAAUAGAAAGUUCAGUUGAUCUUGAUUUUAAUUAACUUAUUACUCUAUUAAUAUAAACUUGGAAUUCUAUUUUAAUUAUGUUGUCCUGGCUGCUUGCAGUAUCAGUUUGCCCUUCUUGUUAAGGAGAUAUGUAGCAAUCUGUUGUCUAAUUGUGCAGUCUUUUUCACACAAGGGUAAUAGCAGAAGUCCUACCUACUCAGAGUCAUUUUCUUGGGUUGUCUCUUAUAUCUGAACAAUACAAACUUGUUUUACAAAAUUGUAUUUUGUCUCUUGGGAAUUAAAUCAAUUAAGUCAUUUUCUUGGGUUGUCUCUUAUAUCUGAACAA